GCCUCUCUCCUGUCUCCUCUCCUCGUCGAGCGAUGGUGGCUGGUGGGGUGGUCCAUCAGUAAAGGCCGGAAUGGCAAACCACCAGGAGAAGCCCACCACGCCCCCGCCGCCGGAGGGCGGCGUCGCUCGCCCCCGCUUGCCCAGCGGCGGCAGCGCGCACGUGGGCGGCGCGGGGUACCCGAACCCGCCAGAUGCCGCGAUCCCCGAAGCGGCGACUCUUCGGGACCAGUGGCGGUUCGCCGUGCGGCAGUACAGCCGCUGGUACUCCCACGCCUGGGGCACCGCCAUCCUCGCCGGCGCUGCCUUCUUCGCGCUCGGAUGGCUUGUCAAGGGGUCGAACCCGCUCCCGUCCCGGGCCGAGCCGCAACACGACGCCAACGGCAAAUCCGUCGCUGAGGAGGAGAAUUGACUGGUACCUUGCAGUUGGUACCCUUCUGCUCGUGCGAAGUUCACACUGGACUGUCAAUGGUGAACAGGACUGAAGACAAAACAGAGACUUUGUGUGGCAUGGAGCUGUGAACCUGCUUUCUUUCUCUAGACGCAAUCAAUACUUGCUUUUUGUUUCUCCCCUGUUGUAUAUUUGCGAAAUAAGGGUCCCUUGCUUGUUGCAAGGGAGGCUCUUGAAGGUCUUGUAAUGUACAAAUGAAAUGCUGCCGAAUUCAUCGUGAAAGAGUUAUGUAUUAUCGUUCCAUUGUACAUUGGUUUA